AUGAAGUGUAUCCCUGAUGUUUACUGCCCAAAGAAGGUUCACAAGAAAUGCUGCACAAAUCGCUCAGCAAAAGAUUUAACAUUUUAUAUUUGUGGAUAUAUUGCAGAUAUAUUCUAUUUAUCAGGUUCGACUCAUGAUUUAUAUGCACAACAGGUAUACAAAAAUGUCAACCACUUAAAGAAUGUCUGUCAGUCAGCAUUAUCUACAGAUAUUGAGACGAAUCCUGGACCAUUAUUCUAUAUUGAUCCCAGCAAGACAAUCAGUGCACCAUAUAGCCAAGGUAAUCAGGUUAUAUUUGGAGAAACAGCAGGACAGCAGUGUUUAGCAAUGUGUUUAUGUGCUCUUAUAUGCAACAAAAGACAGAACAUAUGCUCACCACAAGACCUGGUUAAUAUAAUGAAUAUUGGUAAUGAACUAUACUCAAACUUAUCAUGUUUAGCACAGCAAUCAUUUUUAUUGUUUACAGAAUUGCCUUCACAACUUACAGUAUUUGACACAGAUUAUAUUUUUGAGCACAGUGAGAGCUAUAGCGGUAAUGUAAUUGGAGACUGUUCUAUUGAAGGGUAUCAGUACUGUGUUCCAUUUCACAGAUCAUUUGAAUUGCUCCUGGCUGAAAACUAUUCUGCAUUCAUUUUAACAAUUGACUCUAAUGCUGUUUGCAUAUUUUACACCAAUGAUGCAAGUAUAACAUUUUUGACUCUCAUUCAAGAGACAUUUAUGGCAGAAGUCAUCCACAAG